CUGGCAACACUGCUGUGUGGACGCUGGCUGCGGUGCAUUGUGGGUAACAGCUCCACCCGUCUCCUCCGCCCGGACUCCACCUCGACGUCAGGCCGAUCGCCCGGCCCAAUGGAAAGUUACACCGAUUAAUAUCCAAACCUUCCUAUAUUCCUGUUUUCCUACCACCCGGCCUUGCGGAGGUGAAUGAGGGGAUCGGGGCGGACAGGACCCUCGGAGCGGGACUGAAGACGGAGGAUCAUCCGCCUGAUCGUCGGUCGACACUGCGGACGCGGAACUGCUCAGCUAAAGGUGAAUCAUGACCGAGUAUAAGCUGGUGGUGGUGGGGGCUGGAGGCGUAGGCAAGAGCGCAUUGACCAUCCAGCUCAUCCAGAACCAUUUUGUGGACGAGUAUGACCCAACCAUCGAGGACUCGUACAGAAAGCAGGUGGUGAUAGACGGGGAGACGUGUCUACUGGACAUCCUGGACACAGCGGGCCAGGAGGAGUACAGCGCCAUGCGGGACCAGUACAUGAGGACCGGCGAGGGCUUCCUCUGCGUCUUCGCCAUCAACAACACCAAGUCCUUUGAGGACAUCCACCACUAUAGAGAGCAGAUCAAGAGGGUGAAGGACUCAGAGGACGUGCCCAUGGUCUUGGUGGGCAACAAGUGUGACCUCCCAUCCCGGACGGUGGACACCAAGCAGGCCCAGGACCUGGCCCGCAGCUACGUCAUCCCCUUCAUCGAGACCUCUGCCAAGACCAGACAGAGAGUGGAGGAUGCCUUUUACACUCUGGUGCGGGAGAUCAGGCUGCACCGACUCAGUAAGCUCUGCAAGGAAGAAAAGACGCCGCGCUGUGUCAAGCUUAAAAAGUGUGUUGUGAUGUAAAAAAACAAAACAGGGGGCGUGGACGAUGCCUUUUACACAUUAGUGCGAGAAAUCCGGAAACACAAGGAGAAGAUGAGUAAGGACGGCAAGAAGAAGAAAAAGAAGUCAAAGACAAAGUGUACUCUAAUGUAAAGGAACACGCCAACCUCCCCCGCACGCUUCAAGACAGACUGGAGAGAAAACAAGUUGAACAUUUUAAGUAAUACAUUUGUACAUUACACUAAAUUAUUACUCUAUUUCUUAGUGCCCACCGUACUGAAUUCUAAAAUGAGCUAGAUUCAGCUGCAGUUAUUUUAUUUUAUUUGUUUUGCUACUAGGUAACCAGUAAGCUUGAUCUGACCUUCCGUCUAGAACCAGGUGCCCCGUGCACUGGUCAGGAGGUCUUACCUGCUAGGAGGAAACUCUACUGAGGUGGGAGGAACUGAUCUGAGUUUAUGUCACUACUCCUUUUGGAUCAAUGUGUUAAGUAGCAACUUGUUUUACUCUUCAUCAGGCCAUGACCUACAGACGUUUGGUGAUUCCUUCAGAUCCUACGGGAUGCCAAAGAAUAAAUUAAAAUCCCAUUGAAUUAGAAAUAAAAGAACACAUGGAAAAUGGACCAGCACUUACCUGGAUAAAUCCAGAUGUACUAGCCACUGUGUAAUAUCCCAUUCCUCUUUGAACUUCUAGAUAUGACUUGAUAAUGUCAUUAAAGUUAUGUUGUGGAUCAAAGUAUGCAUGAGAACUCCUACUCUUCCCAGAAUGUUUUAACACCCUAAUUAUCUCCUAAUUACUUUGAAAUUCAUCUGCCUUUUGUAUUGUGUGGGUAGUGAUCUAUUGCCUACAGAAGAUGUUGUCCUUGCAUGCAUCGUGUCCUUAAUGCCCUUAGAAAUACUCGUUGCUAAUACUGUAUAAUAGAGGCGACAGAGCCAGGAAUGUGGAACUGUGACCAUAGUGGAAAUAUGUCACUUUCAAGUGAUCAUUACUUUUGCAUUUCUGAGAACCAAAACCACCAGAAUAGUUGGGUUUUAAUAAAUGUAUGAUUUAAUGAAACCGCUUUAAGUAGACCUACCAGACCCAUGCUUUUAUAUUCUCUUGCUUCUUGGCUCAUUUCUGUGAGAUUUGUUAAAUUUCCACAUUAGCCUUUUAAAAUACUUCCUUCCACUCAUUUCCCCCCAAAUUCUUGUAGAUAAUUAGCUUAGUCUGGUGUCAUGGAGGACGUUCAAUAUGUUGGUGAAAUUGAGCUUCCUCCUGUUGUUUGGCCUUUUCAGGUUUUUGAUUUACUUGCUCAUCUUCUCAAAUUGUUUGCUGGGCUGCCUUUCAAACAAGUUAUUGUCCAGUGAAAUAAUUAACCAUAAUCACUCGCGUAACAUGUGAAAUGAAGUGAUGUACCUGAAGCUAUUUUUGGUAAAUGGGCACAAAUUGCCAUUCAUUUAGUUUUGAGACAUUCAAAUUUGGAGGGAAAAAAAUUAACGUUCUCCUUGGAAUCUUCUCUUUUCUCUGCAAAUCGUAAACCUUCUGCUGGGAAUUCUACAUCUUUCAAAACUUUAGCAUUAGUUGAUGUGGGCGUUGGAAAAUCAGAGGAACAUUCACUGUCAGGCUUAAUACGGUUUGUGUGGAGGAGAGACAUGGAAUAUGAUUAAUUGAUUUUAACCCACUGUAUUACAUAUUGCUCAUGAAGUAGAUAACUGUUAAUGCGAUUGAAUUCUAGAAUCCACUUGUUCACAAUACUGUUUCCUGAAGAAUAGUUUUACUGAAAAUGUUAAUGUCCCUCUUAUUGCGUGCCAACCGCUGAUUUUUUGGAAAUGUAUCAUUUAUACCUUGAUCGUAUUUUAACAACCUUUGUAUAGUUGUGAUACUGAAAGGUGCAUAUUUUGUAAAUUGUGCUUAAUUUCUUUGGUGUGUCUAAAUGAAUGUUGCUUUAAAGGAGCCCGGCUCCUGUCGGUGUAUGUGAUUAGGGAGUGCGACUGGGUCCUCUGGGAGUGGGUGAAUGGAUCACGACUCCACGCCCGUUGUGGGUGAUGUCGUGCUGAUCGAUCUCAAAUGAGUCUAUUUUUUUGCCAUGAAUCUCACCACUCCUAUUUAAUGUGUAAUAAAGAACACAAAUAAAGAGGAGCUUAUGUUGGUU